AGCAAAAGCAAACAGAGAAGAAAUGUAGGUAUCUAACUUUGUGGAAUGACACAAAUCAAGUUGAACGUUUUUUUGUGUAAGUUUCUUGUAAGCUAUUGUGUUGAGUUUCGUUUUAUGAAAAAAUUGUGUUUUUUAUUUAACGCUGCGAUUGAAAACUUGGAUCAAGAUGCCUGAAAUGACGACGAUCGCAACGAUCGUCAUAAAAGUUGUUAAAAUCGUUUUAAAUCUCAUCAUUCUGAUACUCUACCGAAAAGGAUAUGGCGGCGAAUUUCUCGGAAUCGGAGGCACCUGGAAUCUAAAUGAGGAAAAGAAUCCUGAUGCCGAAAUAAUAGCAUCAGGAGUACUCGUAGGAUUUUUCAUAUAUACGAGUGUGAUUUUAAUAUCUUAUGCGUUCGGAACGACUCAGCAAAAGAAGACUCUUGUCGAUGUAAUAAUGAACAUAUUCGGAACAGUUUUGUUCAUAGCAAUUGGAGGAAUUGCUCUUCACUAUUGGAUUGGAUACCAACCCGAACACAAGUUCAAAGUGGUAACAUCCGAAAAAGGAAUCGGUAUCACGGUUGGUAUUCUAUGUGUAAUAUCUGGAGCCAUAUAUCUCAUUGAUUCUGUCCUAUCGUGUAUUCAUUUUUUCCGAGAAUAUGGCGAUUAUUAAAAAUCCAUGUGUCGCGAAAUUUACGUCGCAAUGUGUUCGUUUUUGAUUUUUUUACUCUACAGUGGUGUAACAAUUUCUUAAUGUACCAUUUUCAAAUUCGUUUUUUCAAUAAAUGUAAUUAAAUAUU